UCAUACAUGUGCAAUUCUGCAUAUACUGGCCAAGAGCCUCACACUCUCAAAAAGCAGCCGCUCUCUCUGGUGUGCGUGUAUGUGAGUGUGUGAAAAGUGAAGGAAAAUGGAGCUGAAACUGUACGUUGAUCGCAUUUCCCAGCCUUCACGCGCAAUUCUUAUCUUCUGCAAGGCAAACGGUAUCGAAUUUGAGGAGGUGAAGAUCGACCUCGCCAAGAAGCAGCACCACUUCCCUGAGUUCGCAGAAGUUAAUCCCAUGAAACAAGUUCCAGCUAUUGUUCAUGGUGAUUUCAAGCUUUUUGAAAGCCAUGCUAUACUUAUUUAUCUGGCUUCUGCAUUUCCUGGAGUUGCUCAUCACUGGUAUCCAGCUGAUGUACAGAAAAGAGCAAAGAUCCACUCAGUGCUGGAUUGGCACCACUCAAACUUGCGCCGUGGUUCAGUUGGUUAUAUUUUUAAUACCGCUGUUGCACUAGCACUUGGCCUGCCUGCGAACCCACAAGCAGCAGCUGAAGGGGAAGAACUUAUGUCAGCAUCUCUUGCAAAGCUCGACUCUUUUUGGCUUGAAGGAGAUGCGCCUUUUUUGCUUGGAAAUUCAAAGCCUUCCAUUGCAGAUCUUGCUUUAGUUUGUGAAAUCAUGCAACUUGAGUUUGCAGAUGAGGAGGACCGUGAGCGUAUUCUAGGCCCUCACAAGAGAAUUUUGAAGUGGAUUAAGGACACAAAGAAUGCAACUGCACCUUAUUUUGAUGAAAUUCACUCGAUAAUGGUCCCAAUCAGAGAGAAGCUUAAGGAACUGAAGGUCCAAGCAAGCGAAAAAUGAGCGUCAAGCAAAAAUCAAAUAACUCCCUAAGAUAUGGAAAAUGUCGAAGUCUACAUCGCAGGUUUUAUGUACUAGUAUAGCAUGAAUGUGUGUGUUGGCUUCUGGUUUGUAUGUUUAUGAGUUUUAAUGUACUCUGGUCUGUGGUUAAAAGAUGCAUUCUGCAAAUAUUAUCAGAGUUGUGAAGUAUGAAGGAAUGAAAUAUUUCAACUGAAA